CUGAAAAAGUAUGGGAAAAGCAUCUGAUUUUUCUUUUCUGGAAACUGAGAGAAAAGCAUCCUAAUUUUUCUCACUCCACCCACCGAUAAAAUCCCAUUCUUACCGCAAACUCCGCUCUAAAGUCUGUAGCCAACAUACAGUGAUCUCAAUGGAGCUCUCCUGCAACGACAGCAAGCAGACCAUCAACUUCCUCACGUCCUCCUACAAUGACCAAAUACGCCCCGUCCUCGACGCCGUCGACCGCCUCCGCCAGCUCAAGGUAACGCAGGAAGGAAUCCAGCUACCGACCAUCGUCGUUGUCGGCGACCAAUCCUCUGGCAAAUCUUCCGUACUCGAAUCCCUUGCUGGCAUCAGUCUUCCUCGCGGCCAAGGUAUAUGCACCCGAGUCCCCCUCAUCAUGCGGCUCCAAGACGACCCCUCUCUUUCUUCCCCUUUACUCCAUCUCGAGUACAAGAACAAGCGCGUUACCGCUUCCGAGUCAACCAUCACGGUUGCCGUCGAGUCUGCAACCGCUGAGAUCGCCGGAGUAGGAAAAGGUAUCUCCGACACACCCCUUACCCUCGUCGUUCGAAAGAAAGGCGUACCGGACCUCACCAUGGUCGACCUACCCGGUAUCACCCGUGUGCCCGUACACGGCCAGCCUGAGAAUAUAUACGAGCAAAUCGCGUCCAUUAUUAUGCAGUAUAUAAAGCCUGCUGAGAGCAUUAUUCUUAAUGUGCUCUCAGCCAGCGUCGACUUCCCGACGUGCGAGUCCAUCCGGAUGUCGCAGCAGGUGGACGGCAAAGGGGAGAGGACGCUCGCGGUUGUCACGAAAGCUGAUAAAUCGCCGGAGGGCCUUCUUGAAAAAGUAGCUGCCGACGAUGUCAACAUUGGGCUCGGUUACGUUUGUGUGAGAAAUCGUAUUGGGUCGGAAACUUAUGAGGAGGCUCGAGUUGCAGAGGCGAAUCUGUUCGAGACCCAUCCUCAGCUCUCCGGGAUCGAUAAAUCGAUAGUUGGGAUCCCUGUUUUGGCGAAGAAGCUGAUGCGGAUUCAAGCGCAAAGCAUAGCAAAAUACUUGCCUGAUAUUGUGAAGCAGAUUAAUGAAAAACUGAGUCACAAUGUUUCAGAUCUUGACGCCAUGCCUGAACAGCUGGUGUCCGUAGGCGACGCCUUAAGAGCAUUUAUGCAGAUCACCAGCAAAACCAAGGAGAUGCUCAGGAAGCUGCUAAUAAGAGGAGAAUUCGAUGAUUUUCCAAUUGAUAAACAAAUGCAUGGCACUGCAAGGCUAUCUGAAAUGCUGAAUGCUUAUGCAAAAGAGUUGCCAAAUGAUAUCCCGAUGAAUAAGAAGUUUUUCUUAAUGGAAGAAAUUGAGCUGUUGGAAGAGAGCAGAGGCAUUUGGCUUCCCAACUUUCUCCCUAGAAUAGCUUUUUUGACCCUUCUUCAGAGGAAGGUAAAGGAGGUCUCGAGCAUCCCGCAAGAUUUUGUAGAGAAGGUAUGGACCUAUCUUGAAGAUUUAGUUUUACGAGCUCUUGACGAGGCAUCAGAGAAUUAUCCAUCUCUUCGGGCUUGCAGUAGAAGGGCUGCACAGAAUCUUAUGGAGAAAAUGAGAGAACGCUCUAUCCAGAAUGUCAAAGAAAUCAUAGAAAUGGAAAUGUUUACGGACUAUACUUUCAAUCCUGAUUAUAUGAAGAUGUGGACGGAGCUCAUGGUGCCUCGACAAUCUUUCGUGGAAUUUGUUCAAAAUACCUACAACCCUACAAAGAUGAUUGUGAAGGUUGUUGGUGAAGUGGAUGUGGCUCAUUUACGGGGGAUCCGUGAUGUGGUUGUAGAACAAGCGUUUGAUAUGAGGAUGAGGCUCAUUUCUUAUUGGAAAAUUGUGGUGCUGAGGUUGGUGGAUGGUUUAGCUCUGCAUGUGAGUUAUGCUGUUAAGAAACUAGUGGAUAAUGAGCUUGAAGCGGCGAUUUCGAAGGAGGUGAUUGGUGGUGAGAGGAUGGAUGUGAUUGAGAAGAUGUUGGAGGAGCCUCCAGCUACAGCGGUGAAGAGGGAGCGGUUGAAGAAGAGCAUUCAGCUGCUGAAGGAAUCGAAGGAGGUGGUGGCCAAGAUUUUGGACAGGAUUUCUCUUAAUGGCACCGAUUAAGUGGUAGUUUCGUGCUUCUGUGUUGCUUAUCGUUAAUGCUUUAGUUGAACGUAGUUAGUUGUUUAGUGAUAUUGUCCUGUGUUGUCCGAAAUCACUGAGUAUCGUUUCUAGACAUGGCUGGGUUUAAGUGCUUGUGCUUUACGAGCUUAAAUUUAUGUUCUUUGUUGUUCUCAUGCUCACUUAUUCUCGAGCUCUCUCUUUCACUACAUUAUUCCGCUAUCAUCUGGUAAUCGAACCCCUUAUUGGCGAGAAUUUGUGGCCAUGGCUGAGAGAAAUCGGACCAGUUUUGGUGCCCAAUGCUUAGCCCAGGGGCAGUGCAGGGAGAAUUGGGGAUUGAUUUUUCUUUUGAAUAAUAUUUAUUUAUU